AUGCCCGGCCGCCAUGACGGACCGACGCCGCCGAGAAAGAAGAAGCCCCAACGUUCCAGGCGCACUGCAGCUUCGGCGGAGGAUCUCGCGCGCAGAGUCGAUGAGCAGAGGAGCGACGAAGAGGUGGAGAAUAUGGCGACUCAGCACACCCGACCAGGCGCGAUGCAACGAGGACAUAGGAGGAAUCGUCGGAGAACUCGAGUGGAAGAAGUCCUGGCCAGGGAAGGUCGAAGCACAAGAGACGCACAGGUAGAAGAGGCUGGAGCGCAGGAAGACGCAGUCGAAUCGCGGAAGAAUGAUGUUAAGGCGCAUGAGGUUACUCGGGAAGUCUUGACACCGCGGCGUGAGAGACCAAAGGCACCACCUGGCGGAUUACUCGCAGCAGCCAACGAACGCCUUCGUCAAAGAGAAGCAGCAGAGAUGCAACAGGCGAGGGACCAGUUCUUCGAGCAACACCCGACUGGAGGAGAUCCCAUGCUGCGCAUCUUCGGCAAAACCAUUACCGAGAUGUCAGACAAGCAGAAGGCGCACCAUGAAACCAAUGAGAGCCGUCAUGCUGAGCUCAAGGAACGCGGAAACAAGGAGCACCUGGAGAAAAUGCGGAAGCGGCGUGAGAAGAAGCAGGCGCGCGUCGCUGCUGGUGCUGGUACUGCUGAUGCAAGGAGGACGGCUGGAGUCGACGAUGAGCUUGAUGAUCGACCCCAGGGUGAGAUUGUAUCGACAUCACGUCCGCCUACUUCAAAGCACGAUGGACAAGGACGUCAGCCAGGUCUCGCCAUCGAGCCCUCGCGUCUUGAAGGUACUCUACGAGGCGGAGAGUCUUUCUCAACAACCUCGAAUAGAGAGAAGACCAACCCGUUCGACCAACGUCCCUCCACAACAGGCGUUGCCCACCGUGGCGGCGAACAAAUCGCUCGACGUCUGCCACCUCUGUUCCCGGUUCUACCAAGUCAGCGCGGACGAAACGCCGGUCGUGCCGCUGUCUUCGAAUCGCACGCAGAGGUCCAAGCCCGCUACGAGGCUUCUGGUGCCGCGGACCGUCGUGUGUUGGAAGAAGCAGCAGAGAGGAGAGCUCAACAGUAUGAGAGUGUGUUUGGCUUUCGUCCUGACGUCGAAACACAUCCACCUCAAGGUCUCGGUGGCCAGCAUCGUUUUGGCUUUCCUUACGUUGCAGGCGGUUUCGCAGAAGGUCUACAGCGUGAGCAGGCACAGCGGGGUGGUCUUGUGGGUCGAAGAGGUGGUCGAGCGAUCGAAGCAUCGGUCCGCGGCACCGAAGAGUCCAAUGCUUCUUCGAGGAAUCAGCGUGAAGCUCAAUUGCCGCCAGCCUUGCGAGGUCUUCCAUGGGCAGUCCCGGCCAGCGAUGGAAGACGAGGAUUUCCGCCACGGCGAUUAGCUCACCACUCAAUUAAUGGCUCGCGGUCGGAGACGAGGGACGCUGUCAACCAUAGAAGAGGCGCUGGCAUGAACUCGUCUCAGCCGGGUGAGACACGCUUCAAGGUCGAGAACGAGGAAUCACGCAUCAAGCAGGAGGAUGAAAGCGAUACCGUUUCGCCUGGCCAGCAGCCUACUACUUGGUUGACUGACUCGCCCGUCAAAGCUGAAAGCGAUCCCACCGUCAAAGUCGAGAGCGAGGAACAAAGCUCCGACGCUCCGCAUCCGGCACGUGUGGGAGGACAAAGGAGUUCAGGCAAGGACGCGAAGCAUUUGAAGACUCCUGCGGAGAUCUUGGGAUGGAAACCUGCGUUCCGGACAUGA